GAGUGUGGGAGUGACCCGCUGUGACUCCGUGACCUGCUGUGACCCCGCCCGCCCCACCAUGGUGCCGCCCCGCCCAUGAGGCCGCCAUGGCUGAAGCUGUGGGCGGCGGCGGCGGGCGGCGUUGGUGGUGGUGGCGGGGGCGGUGGUGGGCGGCGGCGGCGGCGGUGGUGGUGGUGGCGGCGCUCAUGCCGCACAACACCGCCGGCAAUAUUGACCUCUACAUGACCAGCGAGGAGACCAAGCGAGUACUAGGUCUGCCCGCUGAGUUGUACUAUGUGCGGGAGGGUGUGAUCAACAAGUACGCCCUGGAGUUUAUCGUGCCUGUCCCUGCCAACUUCACCUACAUCUACUUCACCUGGAGAAGUCUCAUCAAGCGCCCGGUAGGUGGCUUGGCGAUGCAGUACAUGGCUCAUGUUGAGUACGACAACGGGGAGGCUAUGGCCUUGCCUCAGCUCAACAUCUCCAACAAGGGUCUGGUCCCCGUCCGCCCAGACACCUUCAGCUUUCACUUACCUUUUGACCAGCGAGAAAGAAAACAGCAUCAUGUUGACCAAAGUAAAGAAUGUGUUCUUGUGCGGAUAAGAAACAUGAAUAUAAAAGGAACACUAAUGAAUCCUGUAUAA